AUGUAUACAUGUGCGUAUAGAACUCUUUCUCACUCUCUGCUGUGCGAUCUCCAUUUGAAAAAGAAAGAAGGACAAGAAGACCAAAAUUGUACCAAUUUCAGCUCCAUCGACUGGAGAAACACCGCGUUCUUCAAAAACAAACGGAAAAGGGGUAUGACGCAAUCAUGUGAACUGGAGCUCCUAAAGAAGAUUGAGGAGCUCGAAAAAGAGAAUGCUCGCCUUCGAAGCGUCGGCGCAGAUCAUCUGACCCAUACGUCAGACGAUGACAAGAUCAAAGUAGACGGGGUGUUCACACUCGAUGAGUACAAGCGAUACGGCAGACAGAUGAUUGUGCCGCAAUUCGGAGCAUUGGAAUCGCAGAAGAAACUACGCAGCGCCAAGGUCUUGGUGGUUGGUGCCGGAGGGCUUGGCUCCCCCGCGUUGCAGUACCUCUGCGGAGCAGGCGUGGGGACCAUUGGAAUAGUAGAUGGUGACACCGUCGACACGAGCAACUUGCACAGACAAGUCAUCCACUCGACGGCGCUGGUUGGUCACUAUAAAUGCGACUCUGCCAAGUCGUGGAUGGAGAAACUAAAUCCGCAUGUUCACGUCGUGACUUAUCCCGAGAGGAUGAACAGUCAAAAUGCAUUUGAAAUAGUUCAAGGGUACGACUUGGUGCUUGACUGCACCGAUCAUCCUGCCAUCAGGUACUUGAUCAACGACGUUUGCGUGGUCUUGGGGAAAACCAUCGUGAGUGGCUCGGGUUUGAAAGCAGAGGGCCAGCUCACGGUGUUGAACUUUGAAAAUAUUGGGCCGUGUUACAGAUGUUUCUACCCGCAUGCGCCAAACCCCAAUACCGUGACCUCGUGCUCGGAUGGCGGGGUUAUUGGACCGGCAAUCGGCAUGGUUGGAGUCGGCAUGGCGAUGGAGGCCUUGAAAGUUCUCACUGGCGCCUAUACUAAAGAAACAUUUCUGCCGUUUCUCAUAUCCUACUCAGCGUUCCCGCAUCAGCAUAUGAGAGUGUUUAAAAUGAGAAACAAGCAACCGGCAUGCAUUGCGUGCGGUCAUUUGCCCCAGGAGAAGAAAAUUCAGCAAAGAGAUAUCGAAAAUGGAACGGUGGAUUACGUUGCCUUUUGCGGUAAAAUCAGCCUUGACCCACUUGAUCCUGUGCAUAGAGUUUCAGCGAAACAGUAUGCUGAGGCCAGGAAAGCGAACCGCAAACACGUCUUAAUAGAUGUGAGGCCAAAGGAGCAGUUUGAAAUCACCCGCAUCCUGGGCUCAAUCAACAUAGAGUGGGACCCUAUCUUCAGAAAACUCGACAGUCUUGAAGAAGCAGUGCCGGAUGAGAUGGAAAUCAAAAAGUCCGAUGAUUUGUAUCUUAUAUGCAGAUACGGAAACGAUUCCCAGCUAGCCACUUCAAAGCUCCUCGGUAUGGGCUAUCUUGGCGCAAAAGACGUCAUUGGUGGCUUGGACAAGUGGUCCGACGAUGUAGAUCAAACUAUACCAAAGUAUUGA